AGGCGCGGACGCGCGUCCCCGGGGCCACCGUCGUCCCCGGGGCCUGAGGAGCCGCCGCGAUGGCCCUCAAGAUGGUCAAAGGCAGCAUCGACCGCAUGUUCGACAAGAACCUGCAGGACCUGGUCCGCGGCAUCCGUAACCAUAAGGAGGACGAGGCCAAGUACAUCUCCCAGUGCAUCGAUGAGAUCAAGCAGGAGCUGAAGCAGGACAACAUUGCUGUGAAGGCCAAUGCUGUGUGCAAGCUGACUUACUUGCAGAUGCUAGGGUAUGACAUCAGCUGGGCUGCCUUUAACAUCAUUGAAGUCAUGAGUGCCUCCAAGUUCACAUUCAAGCGUGUCGGCUACCUGGCUGCCUCGCAGUGUUUCCAUGAAGGCACCGAUGUCAUCAUGCUCACCACCAACCAGAUUCGCAAGGACUUGAGCAGCCCCAGCCAGUACGACACUGGGGUGGCACUGACUGGUCUUUCCUGUUUUGUCACCCCAGAUCUUGCCAGAGACCUGGCAAGUGACAUUAUGACAUUGAUGUCACACACAAAGCCGUACAUCAGGAAGAAGGCUGUGCUGAUCAUGUACAAGGUGUUCCUCAAGUACCCCGAGUCGCUGCGCCCUGCCUUCCCCCGGCUCAAGGAGAAACUGGAGGACCCUGACCCUGGGGUGCAAUCUGCAGCUGUCAAUGUCAUCUGUGAGCUGGCCCGCCGCAACCCCAAGAACUACCUGUCACUAGCCCCACUAUUCUUCAAGCUGAUGACAUCAUCCACUAACAACUGGGUUCUCAUCAAAAUCAUUAAACUGUUUGGUGCCCUGACCCCUCUGGAGCCCAGGCUGGGCAAGAAGCUGAUCGAGCCCCUCACCAACCUGAUCCAUAGCACUUCCGCCAUGUCCCUUCUCUAUGAGUGUGUGAACACCGUAAUUGCAGUGCUUAUCUCGCUGUCUUCCGGCAUGCCCAACCAUAGUGCCAGCAUCCAGCUCUGUGUUCAGAAAUUACGGAUUCUGAUAGAAGACUCGGACCAGAACUUGAAGUACUUGGGGCUACUGGCCAUGUCUAAGAUCCUGAAGACCCACCCCAAAUCCGUGCAGUCCCACAAGGACCUCGUCCUGCAGUGCCUGGAUGACAAAGACGAGUCCAUCCGCCUGAGGGCCCUUGACCUGCUCUAUGGCAUGGUGUCCAAGAAGAACCUGAUGGAGAUUGUGAAGAAGUUGAUGACCCACGUGGACAAGGCUGAGGGCACAACCUACCGAGAUGAGCUGCUCACCAAGAUCAUUGACAUCUGCAGCCAGUCAAACUAUCAGCACAUCACCAACUUUGAGUGGUACAUCAGCAUCUUGGUGGAGCUGACUCGGUUGGAGGGCACCCGCCAUGGCCACCUCAUUGCUGCACAGAUGCUGGAUGUGGCCAUCCGCGUGAAGGCCAUCCGCAAGUUUGCUGUUUCACAGAUGUCUGCACUGCUUGACAAUGCUCACCUGGUGGCCAGUAGCACACAACGCAAUGGCAUCUGUGAGGUGCUCUAUGCAGCUGCCUGGAUCUGCGGGGAGUUCUCGGAACAUUUGCAGGAGCCCCACCAGACCCUUGAGGCCAUGCUGCGGCCCAAAGUCACCACGCUACCAGGCCACAUCCAGGCCGUGUAUGUGCAGAAUGUGGUGAAGCUGUAUGCAUCCAUCCUGCAGCAGCAGGAGCAGGCCGCAGAGGCUGAGGCCGCACAGGAGGUCACCCAGCUCAUGGUGGAGCGGCUGCCACAGUUUGUGCAGAGUGCUGACCUGGAGGUGCAGGAGCGGGCGUCCUGCAUCCUGCAGCUGGUCAAGCAUGUGCAGAAACUCCAGGCCAAGGGCGUGCCCAUGGCCGAAGAAGUCAGUGCCCUCUUUGCCGGUGAGCUGAACCCCGUGGCCCCCAAGGCCCAGAAGAAGGUUCCUGUCCCUGAAGGCCUAGAUCUCGACGCCUGGAUCAAUGAGCCACCCUCGGACAGUGAGUCUGAGGAUGAGAAACCCAAGGCCAUCUUCCACGAUGAGGAACCAAGGCACGUGCGACGUCGGCAACCUGAGGAGGAUGAGGAGGAGCUGGCCCGGCGUCGAGAGGCCCGGAAGCAGGAGCAAGCCAACAAUCCUUUCUACAUCAAGAGCUCUCCAUCUCCACAGAAGCGGUACCGGGACGCGCCAGGUGUGGAACACAUUCCCGUGGUGCAGAUUGACCUCUCUGUUCCCCUAAAGGUUCCAGGCAUGCCCAUGUCAGAUCAGUACGUGAAGCUGGAGGAGGAGCGCCGGCACCGGCAGAGGCUGGAGAAGGACAAGAAGAAGAAGCGGAAGAAGGAGAAAGACCGGAAGGGCAAGCACCGCCGCCACAGCUCACUGCCCACCGAAAGCGACGAGGACAUCGCCCCCGCCCAGCAGGUGGACAUCGUCACAGAGGAGAUGCCAGAGAACGCUCUGCCCAGUGAUGAAGAGGACAAAGACCCCAACGACCCCUACAGGGCACUGGACAUAGACCUGGACAAACCACUGGCUGAUAGUGAGAAGCUGCCUGUCCAGAAACACCGAAACACUGAGGUCUCCAAGUCGCCAGAGAAAGAUGAAGUCCCUGUGGUAGAAAAGAAGAGCAAGAAGCCCAAGAAGAAAGAGAAGAAGCCCAAAGAGAAAGAGAAGAAGAAAGAGAGGGAGAGGAAGGUCGAGGACUUAGACUUUUGGCUGUCUACUACACCACCACCUGCUGCUACUCCUGUUCCGUCCAUGCAGGAAGAGCUCAGUGUGAACACUGUCACCUCCCCCAAGGAUGAGAGUGAGGGACCCAAGAGAGAGGAGCUGGAAGAUGAGGAGGACAACACCGAGCAUGACCAAGAGAGGAAAUCCUCCCGGCACAAGAAGAAGAAACACAAGAAGGAGAGGGAGGAAAAAGAGAAGAAGAAGGCCAAGAGGAAGCAGCCCGAGCGUGAGCAUGAGCAAGAGGAACCCGUGCAGAAUGGUGCAGCCGAGGAGGAGGAGGAGGAGACCCUCCCGCCCAUGUCUAGCUACCGCCUUCUUGCUGAAAACUCCUUCAUUAAAAUGACAUAUGACAUCCAGGCCAGCCUGCAGAAGGACAGCCAGGUGACAGUGUCAGUCAUCUUGGAGAACCAGAGUGGCAGCUUUCUUAAAAACAUGGAGCUCAGUGUGCUGGACUCGCUCAAUGCCAAGAUGGCCCGGCCAGAGGGUUCUUCCGUCCAUGCCGGCGUUCCUGUGCCUUUCCAGCUGCCUCCCGGCGUCUCCAAUGAGGCCCAGUUUGUGUUCACUGUUCAGAGCAUCAUCAUGGCCCAGAAGCUCAAGGGCACUCUGUCCUUCAUUGCCAAGGACGAUGACGGGGCCACUCACGAGAAGCUGGACUUCCGGCUGCACUUCAGCUGUAGUUCCUACCUGAUUACCACGCCCUGCUACAGUGACGCCUUUGCCAGGUUGCUGGAGUCAGGAGAUCUGAGUAUGAGCUCCAUUAAAGUUGAUGGCAUUAGUAUGUCCUUCCAGAACCUUCUGUCAAAGAUCUGUUUUUACCACCAUUUUUCCGUGGUGGAGCGAGUGGACUCCUGCGCCUCCAUGUACAGCCGCUCCAUCCAGGGCCACCAUGUCUGCCUGCUGUUGAAGAAGGGUGAGAGCUCCGUGUCAGUGGAUGGAAAGUGCAGUGAUCCCACACUGCUGAGUAGCCUGCUGGAGGAGAUGAAGGCCACCCUGGCUCAGUGCUGAGCACUGCCGGAACCUGGACACCCUGCAGAAAGACGGACACAUCUGACAGGUCUCGCCUCUCCUUCGUGUGCCCUGUCCCACACCAAGCAUUAAUUUAACUCUGCUGGCCUCUUCUGUGUGACAUCAAGGUCCUGUGUCAUAGAUUUAUUUUACUAUCCUGUUUUAUCUCCUCUCUUCAUCCCUUUGACAAGAAAUCCCAUUCCAUUCCCAGCCAGCAAGGAGCUUCCCUAGCUCCACUCCCCACUCCUGAAGGUGGCUUCCACAAAGUGAUGGGACCCUUGGGCCAGAACCUGCCGGGCACUAGGGUGAGGGCAUCCAGGGGUCAGGGCAAGGCUGUUAUGGCCUCAAAUCCUGGGGGAGCCCUUCCAGCUGCUGCUGUACCCAAACAUCCUGACUAAUGGUCUCUGUGGAGAGGCAACGAGGCCAACUGUCACCAAGCUUCUCUCCAGAGCUCGCAGUCACAACAAAUACACUUGUGAUCUGGCAGUGGGGUCCAAAUCCCUGGCUCGGUCAGUGGCAGCAGGGAUUAGCCCUGUGACUUUCUUGUUCCUGCUCUGUAGAAGUUUGUCAUUGGGCCCUGUCUGCAAUGGGGUUGGUGAGGGAGUGUGCAAUUCCAUGACCUCAGCUUGUCACUACAUGUCACAGGUUUGUCCCACAGCUGUGGGAAGGACAUGGGUAGCCCAGCAGUUUCACCCUGGGCCUGAGUGCCUCUUGGUGGAGAACACGGCCCCUGUGGCUGACCCAGCCAACUGUGCUGCCCUGGCACUGUGCUGGGCAUGGCGAGGGGACACCAGUCUGGGCACAAUCUGAGCCUGUCUUGGAGAUGAUCCUCGUCACAUUGAACCGUUCAUUUACGGAGACCUCAUUUGAGCAUGUAAUCUACGCCCCACCCACGCCGUGAUUUUGGACUAUGAUGUGUUCCAUGAUGAUUUCCUUGCUGCCGACAUUCCCGUGGAGAGAGACGACAUAUCACGCUGCUGACGAUCGUGUGUCACUGUGACCAAUAAAGAGUCACAAAACAUG